AUGAUGGAUCAAUACUUGAGUAUAAUCAAAAAUAAUGAUAUAAAUCCAAUUGAUUUGAAAACUGAAUAUCUUGUAAAUCCAUUGGCCGUUGACGUCAAUGAACCGCGUUUUCAAUGGACUUUAGUGGCAACUGAUCCACUAAAACACAAUUUAUCACAAAAGGCGUACCAAAUACUAGUAUCAAAUGAUGAACAAAGUUUGGCCAAAAAUGUUGGCAACUUAUGGGACACCGGCAAAGUGGUCAGCGAUCAGACCAAUCAUAUACAUUACAAGGGAAAGACACUAAAUGCAGGACAGAGAGCCUACUGGAAGGUUAAGGUAUGGGAUCAGGAGGACAAAGAGUCAACAUUUAGUACAGUUGCCUAUUGGGGCAAUGCGCUUAUCAAUUGGACAGCACAAUGGAUUGGUGCACCGGUAGGCACACAGAAAAAUGCACUGAAAAAUAUUGAUGAAAUUGACGCACAGUUAGUCAAAUCAAAACCUGCGUUAAUGCCUGUGCUAUAUUUGAGAAAACAUUUUACUUGUGAACCAACAAUAAAAACUGCAAUAUUGUAUGCAACAGCACAGGGAGCAUAUGAAGUACUAUUAAACGGCAAACCAGUAGCUGAUGAUCGUAUGAGUCCCGGUUGGACCGACUAUCAUAAUACUAUUCAAUAUCAAGCCUAUGAUGUGACUGAACUGUUAGGUAAAGACAAUGCAUUGGGUGUGAUAUUGGGCACCGGUUGGUUUAGUUCAUACGUCGGCUAUAGACACCAAUUCCAAUUAUAUGGAUCAAAUCAGACUGCGCUUCUGGAGCUUCACAUUGAAUAUCAUAAUAAUGAAAAAAUUGUCAUAAAAUCAGAUAACACUUGGAAAGUUAAUACCGGUCCUAUCAUUUAUUCUGAUAUAUUAAUGGGUGAACUAUACUACCAGAGUCGUGAUAUUGGCCAAUGGAGUAGUCCAGCCUAUGAUGACAAAAGCUGGCUGCCGGUGAUCAUCAAACCUAUUGAUCCGAAAGUAAAAUUGGUAACCGAAAGGUCACAACCAGUACGAGUGACACAAGAAAUCAGUCCGAAAACGCGUCGAGAGAUAAAACCUGGAGUUUGGGUCUUUGAUUUUGAACAAAAUAUGGUCGGUUUGGUUAAACUACAUGUGCCAGCAAAUAGUAAAUCCACACGCAUUCAGUUGAGACACGCAGAAGCACUGGAAAAAGAUGGCAAUGUAUAUGUGAAAAACUUGAGAUCAGCACUGGCUAUCGAUACCUAUGUUUUGGAUGGAAAUCAUACCAAAGCUCAAGAUUUUGAACCUCACUUUACAUACCAUGGUUUUCGGUACAUAGAAAUAACUGGAUUUCCAGGUGAACCACAAUUAACUAAUAUUGUUGGACGGGUCGUUCAUUCCGAUACACCCAUAACUGGCCAGUUGGAGACAUCCAGUCCAUUGGUUAACCGAUUGCACGAUAAUAUACUUUGGGGACAAAAGAGUAACUUUUUUUCGGUGCCAACUGAUAGUCCACAACGAGAUGAGAGGUUGGGAUUUUUGGGCGACGGAGAAAUAUUUGUACAUACGGCCAGUUAUAACGCCGAUGUUAGCGCUUUUUUCAGUAAAUGGAUGCGCGAUGUUAGAGAAGCCCAAUCAUCUGCUGGCGGCUUCUCCAAUGUUGCCCCACGAGCUUGUAAUGUAGUGGAUGGAGCACCUGCUUGGGGUGAUGCUGGUGUCAUUGUACCCUAUACUAUGUACAGACAAUAUGGUGAUCUCAAAAUGAUUGAAGACAAUUGGGAAGCGAUGAAUAAAUGGAUGAAUUAUAUAGGAUCUCAAAAUCCCAACUAUAUUUGGACCAAAAGACUUAAUAAUAAUUAUGGUGAUUGGCUUCAAGUAAAUGCUAACACACCUAAAGAGGUACUGUCCACUGCUUACUAUGGAUACGAUGCACUGUUGAUGUCCCGAUUGGCCGCCGCUAGCAAUCGUACCGAAGACGCCAAGAAAUACACUGAAUUACAUCAAAAUAUUGCCAAUGCUUUCAAUAAGGCUUUUGUCAACUCAACCGACGGACAUAUCAAAGGUGAAACACAAACAGUGUAUUUGCUGGCACUGGCAUUUGAGAUGUUGCCCGAAAAGUUGAGACCACUGGCCGCCAAUAAUUUGGCCGAAAAUAUUAAAGCUCAUAACUGGCAUCUGACCACUGGUUUUAUCGGUGUCGGUUAUCUGUGUCCAGUUUUGACACAAUUCGGUCACAACGAUGUGGCCUACCGUUUGCUAUUGCAGAAUACAUACCCUUCCUGGGGCUACAGUAUUGCCAACAACGCGACAACAAUAUGGGAGCGAUGGGAUGGUUGGACUAAAGAGAAAGGAUUUCAAGAUCCGUCAAUGAAUUCAUUCAAUCACUACUCUCUCGGGUCUGUCGGUCGAUGGCUUUUUCAAUCAAUGGCUGGCAUUGAUACCGGUUCUCAACGCAAUGAAGUUGGAUUCAAACAUAUCUUAAUCCGUCCUAAUCCAGGGCAGGGACUUACAUAUGUAAACGCAUCAUACAAAUCAAUAAACGGCCGGAUAGACAGCUCAUGGCACACGAGUGAUAAAAAAUUUACAUUAAAGAUUAACAUUCCGGUCAAUACCAGAGCUACUGUUGAUCUGAGCUUUGCCGGCAAGUUAUACGAAGUUGGGUCAGGAAUAUAUGAUUAUAAUAACUGUGAUUUAGAUUGA